AAGCAGCGUCGGUGUGCGCCUCACAGUCGCGUUUCCAACGAUCUACAGAGCGGUACACUCCAGUGGAGAGACCCAGAGCAACAGAGCUAGAAAGGAAUACGAAUACUCGUAACUAGGACACACCUUGGGGCAUCAGCAUCAGCAUCAUUAUGAGCCAGAAACAAACACAGAACCAGCUGGAGACAGAGCAACUGCUCUUCGAGGAGAAGCCGCUCCACGUGCCCCCAUUGCCGGAGCUGCAGAAUGUCAUACAGGGUGCCUUGAGGGGAAACUUCGCCCAGGUGGAGGUGAGUGUGGGUGCCUGCCCCGACCUGAAGGCGCCACGAUUCGGAUUGGUGGAAAGCGGACUGGGGGGCAGGCCCACGCUGCUAGAGGCGGGUGGCCCACCCUUCCUGCUUCCCAACGUCCACCGGGAAAAGCUGUACAACAUCAAGGAGAUCACGCGGAAGAUCCAGGGACCCGGUAAGGUCUUCGCUGUGGGCGCCGGCGCAGGACCCUGGCCCAUCCGCAGCUCCAACUGCGAGGGCAUCUUCAAUUUGUCGGUGAGCGAGGGGGACGAGCUGACGAACGGCAGCUACACGGCCACGGUGCGGGGAGAGCAGGAGGUGUGUGUGCUGGAGAAGAUCCCCCACACGGAGCCCCGCUGUGCGCUGCUGCUGAACCUCUUCCUCAGCCAGGGAGCACCUGGACAGGUGCUGAAGAUCAGCGCCAAGCAGCGCACCGGCGAACAUAAUUUCAUCGAGUGCAUCCGCAAGGGGCUGGAGGAUCACUACGGCGAUCGCGUGGUGGGCCUGGGCGGCAUCUUCCUGAUCAAGAAGGGCGCCGUCCACCAGCACGUGAUGCCAGACUUCAGCUCGACGCCCAUCCACACCGACGAGGAGCUCAACGAGUGGCUUAAAUUCUACGAUAUGCCCGCCCAACUCAAUGCCGUGGGCACCCUGGUGACCAAGGAGCACGGCCUCGACCUGCGCCUCCAGCACUUCCACUCGUUCUCCUUCAGCAACUGGGGCGGCCACUACCACUACGACACCACCCCCGACAUCGUGGAGUACGAGGCGUAUCUGAAUGUCGCCGAGCGGGUGGUGAGGGUGGACAAGCCCCUGUCCACCCACAAAGUGGGAAGAGAUUAGAUAUAAUCUGAUCUUCUCGUUAUCUAUAUAAAUAUCCGACUUUUCCAUUGCCUAAUCCGUCAUAAAUAAAUACUCUUAUGAAGAAGAUAGGACGAGCAUA